GAGGAGGAGGAGAAGGAGGAGGGUGAGGAGGGCAUUUGACUCCUGUCUCCCAACCCCCAGUCGGUCCGUGCGAGGUGGAUUUAGGAAGAAAAGACUGCAAACCUGCGACGUGGAGAUAACGAAAGAAGCAGAAAGGAGACGUUUUGGAGAUCCACGCGCGGCGUUGUCGCGCAUGGAUUCCCUGCAGGAUACAAGCGAUCACUUUUCCUGAAGAAAUACGACCGCGCACUGACAAAGAAUACUCAGCGGAUUUUAAAGGCUUUUCCCAGUUGUCUCAUUUUCAUUUGGAGUUCAAAGUGCCAAACCAUCCUGCCAGCAAAACUCAAUCUUCCCCGUGCCGUUGGGGCCUCGGCUCUCCAGCCAGGUCAGAGAUAAGGCCCCCCCCCUAUCACUGCCCUACCCCAUCACACACGCCCACUGGAACCAAGAUGGCCACAAGGUGUGCUGCUCAUCUCCCGUUUGCACUCCUGCUGCCUGUUACUACUCUGCUGCUAUCACUGCUGCUCACUGGCUCACAUGCCUUAUUACCACCACGGUUUACAAAAGUCCCUGUUGACCAGAUAGGUGUCUCCGGGGGUGUAGUGUCCUUUGUCUGCCAAGCGACAGGUGACCCCAAGCCAAGGGUUAGCUGGAAUAAGAAAGGCAAAAAGGUCAACUCCCAGCGUAUAGAGAACAUUGAAUUCGACGAGGGUGCCGGCGCCGUGCUCCGAAUUCAGCCUCUACGUGCACCACGUGAUGAGAACAUCUAUGAAUGUGUGGCUGAGAACAGCGAGGGCGAGAUCACAGUCAAUGCCAAGCUGUCGAUCAUUCGAGAGGAUCUACUCCCUCCUGGAUUUCCUAACAUCGACAUGGGCCCUCAACUGAAAGUAGUGGAGCGCACUCGGACAGCAACGAUGCUCUGCGCCGCCAGUGGCAACCCUGACCCAGAAAUCACCUGGUAUAAAGACUUUCUGCCCAUUGACCCCAGUGCAAGUGAUGGGAGAAUCAAACAGCUACGCUCAGGUGCCUUGCAGAUCGAGAGGAGCGAGGAGACAGACCAAGGAAAGUACGAGUGUGUGGCGUCUAAUUUGGAAGGCGUCCGCUACUCGUCCCCAGCUAACCUAUAUGUGCGAGUCCGACGGGUGCCACCUCGCUUCUCCAUUCCACCAACGAGUCAAGAAAUUAUGCCUGGUGGGAGUGUGAACAUAACAUGUGUGGCGGUGGGGUCCCCCAUGCCUUACGUCAAGUGGAUGUUAAAUUCAGAGGAUUUGACGCCAGAGGAUGAGAUGCCAGUGGGUAGGAAUGUUCUUGAACUGAGCAGCGUUCGUGAGUCAGCCAACUAUACCUGUGUGGCCAUGAGCAGCCUUGGCAUCAUUGAAGCUGUGGCGCAGAUCACUGUCAAAUCUCUUCCGAAGCCUCCAGGUACUCCUGUUGUUACUGAAACCACUGCCACUAGUGUGACUAUCACCUGGGACUCCGGCAACCCUGACCCAGUAACCUACUACAUCAUCCAAUAUCGUGCUAAAUCCCCAGACAGCAAAUAUGAGACUGUAGAUGACAUCACCACUACACGUUAUAGCAUUGGUGGCCUCUACCCCAACACAGAGUAUGAAAUCCGAGUUUCGGCCGUCAAUACAAUUGGCCAAGGUCCUCCCAGUGAACCCGUGGAAACCAGAACUGGUGAACAAGCCCCUGCCAGUCCACCUCGUAACAUUCAGGCCCAGAUUAUAUCCCAAAACACCAUGAUGGUACGCUGGGAUGACCCGGAGGAACCAAAUGGGCAGAUUAAGGGCUAUCGAGUUUAUUACACCAUGGAUGACUCCCAGCCUAUGAGCCUCUGGCAGAUUCAUAAUGUCCAGGACAGCAUUAUCACCACAAUUCAGAGCCUGGUUCCUCAAGAGACUUACACCAUCAAAGUCCUAGCAUUUACGUCAGUCGGUGAUGGCCCCUUCUCAGAGCCGAUCCAUGUCAAAGUGCUGCAAGGAGUUCCUGGCCAGCCGUCCAAAUUUCAAGUUGGGGAUGUAUCCGAUACUAGCAUUGAACUGACCUGGGAACCAGCCUUUGACAAAGAAGGAAUUAUAAGUUAUGAACUUCGCUACACGGAGGGGAAUUUCGGCUCUCAGAUCAAGAAAACAUUUGGACCUGCGUCUUCGUAUAUUGUGGAAGGUCUCCGCCCAAACACGGAGUAUCACUUCUCUCUGGCAGCGAUCUCCAACAAGGGCAUUGGAGCGUUCACCAAUGACAUGUCACAGAAGACCUUGCAAGCCAAGCCCUCAGCCCCCCCUCAAGAAAUUAAGUGCAGCAGCACCAGCUCCACCACAUUGCUGGUAAGUUGGCACCCCCCGCCAUUGAAGAGUCAGAAUGGUCUCCUGGCGGGGUAUAGGGUGCGCUACCAGGUGGUGGAACAGUCAGAGGGCAUCAGCGAUGAUGUGGAGUUGGUGGAAGAGCCCACCGUGCCUGCCACCGAAGAGCAGGUGCUUCUGCAGCGGUUGGAUAAAUGGACCCAGUAUCGCAUCACUGUGUCCGCUCUUACGGUCGUUGGGCCGGGCCCUGAAAGCGAGCCGUUAAUCUGCAGGACCGAUGAAGACGUUCCUGGCAGCCCUCCAAGGCGAGUGGAGGUGGAGGUGUUAAACUCCACUGCACUUAAGGUGAUGUGGCGGUCUCUGAUGCCAGGAAAGCAGCACGGUCAGAUCCGUGGCUAUCAGGUCCACUAUGUUCGUGUGGAGAAUGGAGAAUCCAGGGGCCUGCCCCUCAUCAAGGAUGUCAUGCUGGCUGAUGCCCAGUGGGAAACGGACGAUACAGCUGAAUAUGAAAUGGUUAUUGGAGGGCUCAAACCAGACACCACUUACUCCAUCACGGUGGCGGCAUACACCACCAAAGGCGAUGGAGCACGGAGCAAACCCAAACUGGUGGUGACCAAAGGCGCAGUGCCUGGUCCACCUAUUUUGUCAGUGACACAGGAGUCUAAAACAUCUGCUCUGGUACGUUGGGAUCCACCAGACCUGAAAGAUGGCAUGGACCUGCAAGGUUACAGGCUCCAGUUUGGUCGUAAAGAUGUAUCCCCUUUGGCCACACUCGAGUUUUCUCCCCAAGAGCGGCAGUACUCCUUGGGCAACAUUCACCGGGGUGCCACCUACCUAUUUAAACUCUCCGCCAAAAGCAGAGGGGGCUUUGGGGAGGAGGCUGGUGUGGAACUCAGUGUACCAGAGAAUACACCAGGAGGAUAUCCACAAAUGAAUGAAGGUUCCAACGUGACAUGUUGCUCAGUGCAGCUGUCCUGGUUACCACCAGUGCUGGCAGAGAGGAACGGUGUAAUCACAGAGUACACUUUGGCCUAUAAGGAAGCUGAAUCCGGAGGAGCACCACGGGAGCUCCACUUGCCCCCCAACCCGUCCACCUACGUGCUCAACAGCCUCAAACCAAACUCGGCAUACGAUGUGAAAAUUCGUGCGCACACCAUUGUAGGUCCUGGGCCCUACAGCCCACCUAUCCAGUAUCGGACUGUGGGCUAUGAUCCAACAGAUGUUCCAAAGAAUUUUACCAUCAAGUGGGCAACCAAGACCACUGUGGUCCUUGCAUGGAAGUUUUCUGAAAGCAGGUCCGCAUACAAAUGCACGAUCGAAUACAACCGUCAAAAGAUGGACGUCGAUGCCAGAAAGCUCCGGGUCUUCAUUACUGGCCUGAGGCACAAUACCACCUAUGAGUUCAGAGUGACCUGCCAAGAAAGCAUGGAUGGUGGGCCAAAACACCGUGUUGUGGCCAAGACUGCCCCCCUCAUUCUGGUCAAGAAACCAAAACUGGACAUCUACGCGGAGCCUGACAAUAUUCUCACCAUGUCCUUCCCACCAGUUGAUGCCAAGGAUGUUAAGAAUUUUUAUGUGGUUGUGGUACCACUGAAGAGAACCACAGGUACUGUGAAAAAUCUAAAGACUCCUGAUGAGAUGGACAUGGAAGAGCUGUUGCGGGAGGUGACCCCCAAGCGCCGUUCACGUCGUCAGUUGGCCCAGUUGGACCAGUGGAAGCCUUACAUCAUUGCCUGCUUCCGGCAGCUUCCCUCCAGCUUCACCGUGGGCUCCGACCAUCGGCAGAGCAGUUGUGAAAACAAGGCUCUAGAACCUGGCCAGGAGUAUGUUUUCUUCCUCAUGGCAGAGCUUAAUGCUACUGCCGGGAAAAUGUUUGCAACCAGUCCUUACACUGACACAGUGUUAACUCCUGAACAAGUCGACGACCCACAGCCAAUAGAGACUGGCGGUGAUGGGCUAAUUUGGGUGGUGGGCCCAGUGCUGGCCGUGGUCUUCAUCAUCUGUAUUGUCAUCGCUAUCCUCCUGUAUAAAAAUCGCAAGAGAAAAGAGUCAGAACCACGUACAAAAUGUCUGCUGAACAACGUCGACAUCACGCCUCAUCAUCCCACCGACCCUGUGGAAAUGAGACGAAUCAACUUCCAAACACCAGAUUCUGGUCUAAACAGUCCUCAGAGUGCAGCUGAAAUUGAAUAUGAAAGUAUGAUGAAUCACCCUCCCAUUCCUAUCUCUGAACUGGCUGAGCACACAGAGCUUCUCAAAGCCAACGACAACCUGAAGCUCUCCCAAGAAUACGAGUCCAUUGAUCCAGGCCAGCAGUUCACUUGGGAACACUCCAACCUGGAGGUGAACAAGCCAAAAAAUCGUUACGCCAAUGUCAUUGCCUACGACCACUCCCGUGUCAUCCUGGUUCCCAUUGAGGGAAUCACUGGUAGCGACUACAUCAAUGCCAACUACAUUGAUGGCUACAGGAAGCAGAAUGCCUACAUUGCCACCCAAGGUCCUUUACCAGAAACAUUUGGGGACUUCUGGAGGAUGGUGUGGGAGCAAAGAGCAGCUACCGUGGUCAUGAUGACCAGACUGGAGGAGAAGUCACGGAUAAAAUGUGACCAGUACUGGCCCAGUCGCGGUUCAGAAACCUAUGGUAUGACCCAAGUGACCCUGUUGGACACCAUAGAAUUAGCCACUUUUUGUGUGCGCACCUUCUCCUUGCACAAGAAUGGAUCCAGUGAGAAACGUGAGGUUCGCCAGUUCCAGUUCACAGCGUGGCCUGACCACGGCGUGCCAGAGUACCCGACACCCUUCUUGGCCUUCCUCCGUAGGGUCAAGACCUGCAACCCGCCUGAUGCCGGACCCAUCAUCGCCCACUGCAGUGCUGGCGUUGGUCGAACGGGUUGUUUCAUUGUCAUCGACGCUAUGCUCGAAAGAAUCAAGCACGAGAAGACAGUGGACAUUUAUGGCCACGUGACACUGAUGCGCUCCCAGCGUAACUACAUGGUGCAGACGGAGGACCAGUACAGUUUCAUUCAUGAUGCAUUGCUAGAGGCGGUGGCCUGUGGCAACACCGAGGUGGCCGCCCGCAGCCUCUACUCCUACAUCCAGAAGCUGGCCCAGGUUGAGAGCGGCGAGCACGUCACUGGCAUGGAGCUUGAGUUCAAGCGUUUGGCCAACUCCAAAGCCCACACGUCACGCUUCAUCAGUGCCAACUUACCGUGCAACAAGUUCAAGAAUCGCCUGGUCAAUAUCAUGCCCUACGAGACCACGCGUGUCUGCCUGCAGCCAAUCAGAGGCCUGGAAGGAUCUGACUACAUUAAUUCUAGUUUUAUUGACGGAUACAGGCAACAGAAGGCCUACAUAGCCACACAGGGCCCUCUGGCAGAAACUACAGAGGACUUCUGGAGAAUGCUUUGGGAGAAUAACUCCACCAUUGUAGUCAUGUUGACCAAACUGAGAGAGAUGGGAAGGGAAAAGUGUCACCAGUAUUGGCCAGCAGAGCGCUCUGCUAGGUAUCAAUACUUUGUCGUGGACCCCAUGGCUGAGUACAACAUGCCUCAGUACAUACUACGAGAGUUCAAGGUCACAGAUGCCAGGGACGGGCAAUCCAGGACUGUAAGGCAGUUCCAGUUUACCGACUGGCCGGAGCAAGGCGUUCCAAAAUCUGGCGAGGGCUUCAUUGAUUUUAUUGGCCAGGUGCAUAAAACCAAGGAGCAGUUUGGACAGGAUGGACCAAUUUCUGUCCACUGCAGUGCUGGUGUGGGGAGGACUGGCGUCUUCAUCACCCUCAGCAUCGUCCUGGAGCGAAUGCGUUACGAAGGCGUUGUUGACAUCUUCCAGACGGUGAAGAUGCUUCGGACACAGAGGCCGGCAAUGGUCCAAACUGAGGAUGAGUACCAGUUCUGCUAUCACGCCGCUCUGGAGUACUUAGGAAGCUUUGAUCACUAUGCAACGUAAAAGCCAUUUCUUUCCCCCAUGAGUCCUGUCACCCCCUCAACAGUCUCCUGAGCCAUAGAAACUUGAAUUUUGAAACAGUGGUGUCACAACAAGAACACCACUCUUCAGUCAGACGCAUUCAACCAAGAUUUUCUGUCACCACUCCAACCAGAAUAAUUCCAAGCUAGAUAGCUCAGACUCCGCAGUGAAGAAAAAAGGAGCCGGACCCAGAAGCAUUGGCAAGUGUCCGACUUCUUACCUUACCUCAAGUGUUUCCAUACAGACAUUGUAAAGGUUUGCUGAAAUGUCACGCAACAGAUGAAGUACAAGGAAAAUAUCAAUGAGAUGGCUCUAGCCAAGAUGUAGUGACAGUCUCUUGUGAUUUUUUUUUUUUUAUAUCCCUGGAUGUAAAGAAAGUUCCAAGUACUUUUUUUCUCGCCCUUUCCAACUAUAUUUUUUGAGUACUAUUCAGAGGAAUGACCAAAUUGUGGUUGCGGAAUGGGUGCGUCUUUCUCCCAAAAGCUGGGAAACCGUAGGCAAGAAGACAGCCUAUGUGGUCAGCAAAGAAACAGACACGCUAAUGAUGAGCAAUGCUCCUUUGAAGAAAGUGUGACAGUCCAUCACACAUCACAUGAUCAGAAGGGAUCAGAAGGAAAGUUGUCAGGACGAAAGCAACAUCUCAUCCAAUGAGAAUUUCUGCGAGUCACUGGAGAACUGUGGGAAGCUGUGCCUGUAAAAAGAAGCAGUGGCUUGGUCGUCUGUGACCCACUUUUUAUUUCUUUUUAACCAGCUUUGGGGUUGCAAACAUUAAAAAAUACAUGUGGUCAGAAGCUUUGCAACAAAAGGAGAAACCUGACAAAGAUAGCUCACAGCCUUUCUUUAUGUACAUUGACAAAUGCUCAUCGUCUAUAUAUCAAUCUUUUUUUGGGGUUUAGUUUUUGUUUCAAACCAAACAUGCUGCUUAUCUCAUGCACGAGUGACUAUUAAAAUAGGUUUCAUUUCAAAAGACAAAAGGAAAAAAACAAUUGGGUCUAUUUGUAUUACAAAACCAGGUGUUUGAAGAUCCCUUGUCCACUCAUUUGUUGGGUUUUUCUUUGAGCCCUUAUUACUCUGUGGAUGACGCAAGCAGAGCUACGAGGAAAAUCAUCGAUCCGAGUUACUUGCACAUCCUUGCAAGAAAAUGAACUUGAACAAAGUCCCUGCCAAAAAACUGCAGGCUGGAUUUGACGCACUAAUUUAAAUGUGACUCCUGAACAUCAGCUCAGCCGGCUUUUUUUUUUUUUGAGUUAUCAAUGCUUUGGUAUGUGCUUGUUUGGAUUCCAUGAAAGGGUUUCCGAAAGACGCGCACAGAACAACCAGAGCGAUGGACAGAACCGUGUGUAAUCCUUUUUAUAUUUCCAAAAAAGCCUUAUUGUUAUUGUAACAUUAUGAAAACAUCAGUGUUGUAUUACGAUGAUUUAUUUUGCAUUACAUAGCUAACUUUUUCUUUUCUUUUUUAACAAAGAUGUUGUAUUGCAUUUUCUAUAUAAAAAUAGCAAAAGAGAAGUGCUUAUUUGUUCAUAUUAUGUUAAAAGACAUUCUAUUUUUUCACUGUAGAAAUCGUCAGUAUAAUGUGUGUGUGCAUAUAUGUACAUACAUACUGCACACUCACACAUUCAUAUAUUUAAAUGCAGACUAUAAGAAUAUAUCCAUUUUAGAACGAUCCAAUCAUGUUUUUGUUGUCUUGCCCUACCAACCCAGAGUUUAGAAAUAUGAUGGCUUCCUUUUUCAUUUUAGCAAUUUUUGUUUAACCUAAGUAAAAACAAAGUUGUCUUGCAAAGACAACAAACCUUUUUUUGCCCUUUUUGGAUUAUCUUUCCGGUGCCAAUGUGCAUAGGCAUUGCAGGUUAAUUUCAAAUAGAACAACACAUUAUCAUUUAUUUUGUAGACAUUAGUAUUUGCUUUAUUAGUAGACUUUAUUACUUUUUUUGCAGCUGAGGAGAAUACUGUCCACACAAUAUCUAACAAAGUGAAAAUUAUAUUAUAUUUUUAUUGUUAUCUGAUUCCACCAAAUUUGACAUACUGUACUUCGGAUGAUCACGUACAAGGCAUGACCCUUGUUUUUAAAAAAAAGAACAUUUAUGUACUUUGUAAUUUUUUUUUUACUUCAUUUCCAACCUAAUGUGGUAAUUAUUUUUUUUGUUAAAUAUAUACACAACAAUCUACAUACAUGUAAAUAAACAAAUAUAUAGAUUAUAUGUAUUUGUAACUCAUUUGACCCUCAAGAUCUUAAUUCAUUGGAACAGUGCAAUGAGUGGAUUAUCAUCGCCAGAUUACUUAAUCAUGGUUUCAUUUUCCCACCAAAAAAAAAAAACCUUAACAGGUACCAUUUGGUUCUUUUACCGUUUUUCUUUUCCCUUUGCAGUCAAAACUGGAAGUACUCGAUCACACACACCUCAAUCAGGGCAUAAAAAAAGGCAACAAAAUAAGUCAUCCCUUAAAUUUUGCCUGUGAAUCUCAGUUGAUUUUCAGUUGCCAGGUGCAAACCUCAUAUAGUUCGGUUGCCAUGUGACUGAUUUUUUGGGACAUUCUACAUGCAGCAUUGUUGCUUUUUUUUUUAAUGGGAUGCAGAACAAACAGGAAGGAAGUGAAACAAAUGAAGGCAAACCCAAGACAACCAAACACCUGCUGCAAAGUUACAUUCCCGGUACGACAUUAAAACAGCUGGAACUUUGACAUAUUUGAUCAAGAACAAAAAUCCUUCUUGUGGAACUGAUGGGAGCGCCUAUGUCGAAACUGUAACUGUGGAGGUCUUUGGAAACUUGUGCAAUAGAACGUUUCUGACUCUCUGUCAACACCUGCCACAAUCAUUGGAAAAUGUCACGGAAUAACUGAAGUGAGACGAACAGAAAAUCAAGACACUAACAAAAGAAUCAAGCAUUUUCCACAACAUAACGAAAAAACGAUCAAGAAGUUCAAACUAGUUUUCAUUUGUAUGAGGGCCAAGUGCUGUCACUUUCAAACUGUUACAUCUAACUGAAACAUGAUUGGUUUUAAGCCACUGUGUAUGUAGAUAUGUUGACUUUGUAUUAAAGAAAUGUUGUCUGAAAAACAA